AUGCCGUCCAGCGAUCGCGGCGAUGAGCUCAACGAGCAGGAAGUGCCACUCAUGGCUGGCAGCAGUAGCGGUAGUGCCAGCGAACGCAGGAGAAGAACGGCUGGCAGCAGUCCUGCGAGUGUAUUGGAGAUGUCCAAUGGUAGAAGGAAACCGCUCAAGGCCACUGAGAAGAUGUGGGUCAUCGCUACGGUCACCUUGAUCACAUUCCUUGGUUACUCGUCCCAAUUCUUCGUCCUCAUUCCCUACUGGAUGGCUCUGCCAAAUGUUCAGUGGUCGACGAUGCUCCUCUGCCUGAUCCCCCUGAACCUGGGACUGGCUGCCACCUACUACAAUUACUACCUCGUAGUCUUCACAGAUCCGGGCAGCGUCCCUACCAGCUGGGAGCCAGACUGGGACAGUAUAGGUGGCGUCGAGGUAAAAGCAUCGACUGGUGGACCGCGCUACUGCAAGGUGUGCAAGAGCUAUAAGCCGCCGAGAGCCCACCACUGUAGGCAAUGCAAGCGCUGUGUUCUCAGAAUGGACCACCACUGUCCCUGGGUGGCAAAUUGCAUCGGUCACCACAAUUACGGUCAUUUCCUGCGCUUCCUCUACUCCGUCGACGUGACCAUCUCGAUACAAGUAGCUCUCCUUGCGCUCAGAGUCGCAGACUGGUGGAGCCCAAUGAUCCUGUGGAGGGAGCCAUCGACAAAGGACAUGGUGCUCUUGAUCCUCAACUUUGCUCAGGGUGUACCUGUGCUGUUGAUGGUUGGCAUCUUCUCACUCUACCAUACGUAUGCUCUUUGUACCAAUACAACGACCAUUGAGAGCUGGGAGAAGGAUAAGGUGGCCACGCUGGUCAGGCGGGGAAAGAUUGAAGCUUACAAAUAUCCUUAUGAUCUCGGUUUCAAGCGCAAUAUCGAAUCCAUCCUGGGACCGCGGAUGUUCCUCUGGUGCUGGCCAGGUCAGCCCCCAAUGGGCAACGGGCUAGAAUACGCCCUCGGCGAAGGUCACGGUGCGUCUCGCUCUUCUCGACUCGAUGAUGCUGCUAUCGGUCGCGGAGGUGCAGGCCAGGCAGGCAACGGAAGCCGAACAUCAGCCUCCCGUCUGCUCCGUGGGGAGCACCCAAACGUCGAGGCGAUGCUCAGGACCGUCGCUGCUGACUAUCCAUAUCAAUUCUUCUGGCCUCCAAAAGACCAGAAGAGACCUCAACGGUCACGAGGUCAGCGGAACUCCUCUGGCCACGGUCUCGCAGCAAGGUACGAUGCGGCUGGCGCUUUCACCUAUGGACACGACUCGUUCAAUCCGGCAUUGCGGCCGAGCAAUGGGCGACUGAAAGCGGCGAGGACUCGUGGUGAGGCUGGUGCCUAUGAAUCCGACGAUGCCCACAACCAAGGCGGACUCAGGAAGAGAGUCUCCCCCGACGAAGCAUCUCAGAGCGACCCUCAUAUGCAACGGCCCCACACCCGUGGUCCUCCUCCAGGACUCGUCUUUGACGACGAGGCAGACGGAACGGGAGCCAGUCAUGUCUCUCCUUAUCACCCGCACUACCGUCGGCCCCGCUCCGACUCCAUGUCCGCCGAGUCUGUCUCCUCGGCAGAAGAAGCAGGCGUAGUUGACGCUGGCUGUUUCCCACCCGGCACCAUCCCCGGCAGUGGCAAGCGACCAGGAGACAAACGGCAGGAGCGCGAGGAAGCUGAAGGCGAAGAAGAGUGGAUCGAUGAGGAAGGUGAGGAGGAGGUAGAGGAGCACGAGGUCCUCGAAGCCAAAGAAGCCCGUCGCUGGGGUUUCAGGAGCGGAGAAAUCUUCCCACGCCUCUUUGCAGAGGAUUCAGCCUCGGAAGAUUCCCAGUCUGAUUCUGGUGGAUCAGAAGGGGAUGGCGCCUCCACGGACGAGGAGGAGCAAUACCGUCUUCAGCAGCAGCAACAACAGCGUCUCGCCAGUGGAUCCCAGCCUGGCGAAGGCAUCGCGGGAGGUCGUAUUCCUCAGCUGAGAAGUCGAGUCCGCCGCGGUUCAGAGGGGUACGAGGUGCGCCCGAUGAUGUACGACCAUGCCUAUGCUCGUCAGCGGGAAGACGAAGAGCAACGGUUGCGCGAGUACCUCAUGCGCGAGAGGGAGAGGUUGGGCACUGGUGUUAGAGAUUGGAGAGAAUGGCAUGUAGAGGGGACCGCUCCGGGAGAAGAGGAGAUUGAGAUGAGCCCUGCGGGGGGAGGGGCUGCAGCGGGGUCAGUGGGAGGAGCGGGCAGGCCACUUUUGCCGAGCGAGAUCAUGGCGAGGAGAGCUCAAGAGGUCGUCGUUGAUCCCGGUUGGGCAAAGUUUGACCCUGAUGAGGUACAGGAAGGUGAAGAAGACGGUGAUGAUUAUGGCGAUUAUGGCGCUCGGCCAGAAGAUCGAAGGUGA